UCUCAAAAGUAAAAGUGUGUCAAAAUUUUGUCAACCGAGACGAUAAAUAAGACUUGAUUUGUAGAUUGCUUCAUAUUUUGUUUACAUUGUGCUUACUAGAAGUCAAAAUAUAUUGAAUUUUGAUAUUAGUCGUGUCAUUUGGGAGAAUUGAAUUGCGACUUUUGAUCGUUCUUAUUUUAAACUUUAUUUAUUUUUGUUAAAAGACGGUGAAAAAUGAAUUUUGUGAAAAAUGAAUUUUAUGAAAAAUGAAUUUUGUUGAAUUUUGUGAAAAAUAAUUGCACAAAAACAUCUUCAGAAUUCAUAGUUUGACUUAAAAAUUUUAAAAAAAAUCUUCAUUUAAUUUGUGAGUCGAAAAUAAAGAAAAGUACAAAAUAAAAACCUCAGGUGCACCAAAAAGUGAUCUCAUUUCAUUACUAACAUAUCAAAUUCUGCACACACAUUGGAUUUUAAUUAACAAAUUUUUCAAAUGUUGCUCAUUAAAGCACCUCAACUUAGUCCAUUGACUUCAAUCAAUCUCAUCACAUAGAAUACAUUUGAGUGAAUCAUGGCUGACAGAGCUCCACUAUUAUCAUCAAAUUCAGAAAUAAGAAACAUUCAAGUUGAUCAAAUAGAUUCGUCAUCAGAACAGACUCAACGUAUUGCAAAUUACGGCAGUAUACAGGAACAAAAUACAAGUCAGUCGAGUGAUUUAUCGGAUGAUUCAAUGCCUGACGAUAAGACAACGUUAAAGUUUUUCGAGAAGCUUGGCUUCUCACUUGGUCAUGUCUAUAAUGAUUUGUGUGCUGGAAUUUGGUUCAGCUACACACUGUUGUUUAUGCAGGGCGUUCUUAACAUGCCAGGACCAGAAGCUGGAGCUAUGGUUAUGCUCGGACAAGUUGGUGAUGCCAUCGCAACUCCAAUUGUAGGAAUGUUAACAGACAAAUUCAGCACGAAGAGGAAGUGGCACAUUUUUGGAACAUUUUUAGUUAUUUUGACAUUUCCAUUGAUCUUCUCGAUUUGUCCAUUUUGUGAUGUUAUGCCUACAUGGUGGCAUCUCAUAUACUUUACAAUAGUUAUACUAAUCUUCCAAUUUGCAUGGCCUGUUGUACAAAUUUCACAUCUUGCCAUGAUUCCUGAGAUAUCAAGGACACAAAGGGAUAGGAGUGAAUUGACAGCAACAAGAUAUUCAGCAUCAAUUUGUAGCAAUGUUGUUGUCUAUAUUGUAACGUGGGCUGUUCUGCAUUUACAGACGAGUACGGAGAGUAAGAUUACACCUGCUGAUUGGCCUAAGUUUAGGGACAUCGCCCUCAUCCUAACCUUAAUCGGCGUCUCCAUGUCAGUUCUCUUCCAUUUCUCCCUAUCCUUAUCCAACUACGAGUUCCGUCGACGUCUCACCAUGAGAGCUCGAAUGCCAGCUGUUCCAUCACGAUCAAGUGAAACAGAAUCACUAAUUACAAACACAUCAGCAGAUGAUCCACCUUCAUCGACAUCAGCAAUAGUUGAGAAUGGUUCAUUGCCACAGGUUGCAGCUAUUCCAAAGAAAAAUUUCUUCAGAUCGCCACUUUUGUAUCAAAAUGCGCUGCUUUAUGUGUUCUCGAGAUUAUUUAUGACAACUUCAUUAGUGUAUAUGCCAUUGUGGUUAAAUGAGAGAGCAUAUGUGCCUACCUCUGUCACGACAGCCUCACCAAUUGGACUUGCUGAUCUCCCAGAUAACAAAAGUAUUGAAAAUAUUGCAACUGUUCCACUUGCGUCAUUUGUUGCUUCCUUCUUAGCUUCAAUGUUUUUCAAAAUGAGUGACAGAUUUGUUGGACAUAAAGUUGGAUAUCUCAUAGGAUCAGUCAUCAGUGUCUUUGGCUGUGCAUGGGUUGCAUUAGCUGCAACACCAAAUUCAUCAGUUUGGGAAUUGUAUGCAGUUGCUACAUUCUUUGGUGCUGGCAGUUCCGUCACGAUGAUUGCGAGUCUUUGUAUUACUGCUGACAUGAUUGGUCCUCAUGCUGAUCAGGGUGGAUUCAUUUAUUCAGCUGUUACAUUCUGUGAUAAAUUAAUUACUGGAAUUGCUGUUGUUGUUAUUGAGACUGUUAAAUGUAAAACUCACGACGAGUGUCCAACUUACUAUCGAGAUGUGCUAGCUUAUGCCUGUGGAGUAUCAGCAAUUCUAGGAAUUGUAACGCUCACAACACUCACAUGCACAAAGUCAAUAAACGAACGAAUUGAGCGAGAAGAGCGGAGGGCAUUAAGAACUUAAAAGUAUAAACUUAAACUUGUAGAAUAUUCAAAUUUUCUCAUUAUUAAGUUGGUUAAGUUGUAAUAAUUUAUUAUAUUGAUGUAGCUUAAAUUAGAUCAAAAUUUGUCAUUUUCAGGGGUUCUUAUUGAAAUACACAGAAUUAGUGACAUUGUAUUAUAUCCGAAGAAGCUAGUAUUUGAUUUUUAUAAAGCUGACUGUUCCAUAAUU